GGAAAGAUGCAAGCAAGGAAUGAAUGAAGGUAUCUUGGCCAAAGAAAGCAUGACUGCAGCAGAAAGGAGCUGAUGCCUCUGCUGGCGGAUGACGCUUUGCUGCCGUCUCCGAGGAAGCUCCUAGCACGACUCCAGAGCUGCCGAACUGGAGCCUUUACCUGAGAGUAAGGCAGAACCUCUGCAUUGCAACAGUAUGUUAGACAUUUCGCUUGGCAGCAACAGCUGUAGCACAGUGACUCAUGAAGCAGAGAUCGGAGGGGAGUGUGUGUGUUUGUGUGGCAAGCAUCGAUGCCCCACACAGGAGUCCGCCAGCAACUGACCAAGUAUCCCAUGUCACAGCUGGUGACGUAAGAUCUGCAGAUCUCGAUGAGAAUCCCGAGUCCCCAUUCCUCCGUGUCCUGUUGUGACCCUUAAUAUUAACGCCGCUGCUUCUCUCUCUGUGUGUGUCAGUUCCUGCCUGGUACUCUUUCCUCCCACUUCAGAUGCAGCAAAGCUGUGCCCUGGUGACAAACAGGGGAACUGGAAUGAGCAACUGGGGGUUUUGUGUGUGAGCCUGCUUGCUGAGGAACUCAAAAGUGGCAUGGGGACCGGUAUGAGUAAGGUUGUGGGGGGGCUGUACCUUGGAAACAUCAGGGAUUCCGAGGACAAAGAGAAUUUAGUGAAGAAUGGGAUCACACACAUCUUGUCGGUGCAUAACAAUGCUAAGCCUGUGCUGGAAGACAUGACCUACCUCUGCAUAUCAGCCUCAGACUCUUCGAAUCAAAACCUGAUACAACACUUCAAGGAGUGCAUCAAGUUUAUUCAUGAAUGUCGGCUACAUGGAGGAGGAUGUCUCAUUCAUUGCUUAGCUGGAGUGUCUCGCAGCACCACCAUCCUGGUGGCCUAUCUCAUGACGGUCACUAACUUUGGCUGGGAAGAGUGCCUGACAGCCACCAAAGCUGUCCGUUCUUACGUGAGCCCCAACUUUGGCUUCCAGGAACAGCUUCAGGAGUAUGAAGUCACUCUGCUCAAGGAGUACAGGGCCUGGAUUCAGCAGGAGUAUGGCAAGAACCCACUCAGUGACCAAGAGGACUUGCAGUGCUUACUUUCCCAGCAAGAAGAGAAAGUAAACCAGCAACAAGGUGGACUCAGAGAAAGUAACUGGAUCAAUGCCCCAAGCCAAACUAGCUCUCAGCCACAUACCACCUAUGACAGCAGCUGCAGCCACAGCCGGUGGAUGAAUAGAUAGCAAGAGCUCAUUAAAGACUUGGAAGAACUCUGCCUGUUAUCUCUAUUCUGACCCACGGUGAGGAGUGAAUAGAUGAGCUGCAUCUUGGACACGUUGUGGGUGCAUUUGGCAUUGCUCAGUGGUUCAGAGUCAAACUCACUCUAUUUCCCACCCCCGCCUCUGCCACAGGCUUGUUGUAUGGCCUUGUUAGGUAGCAUCUGUUAUCUCUCUUUGGGUUGCGCCCCUGGUAGUCUGGAUUAGCACAGACAUUGGGGGCUUUCUGAAGUCAAUGAGAGAAAGUGAGAUGAUGGUUUAGAGCCAAAGGUGAGGUUUCCAGGAAGAGAAAUUUGAGACACAACAACAUUGAAUCUAGCAUGAUGAGCAGAUGGAAGUUGACUGGCUCAUUGGUAUUGGGGGUGCUUUCCCAAGUGACGUGGAGGGCUUUUGGCUUGAGUCCAGGCAUUUUCAUUUCUGAGGUCCUCCAGACAAUCUGUUUAUUGAGCAUUUAAUCUGAUUACACAGAGCUUUGGUUAUAUCCAAUCUUUAUUGAGUAUUCAUUCUGAGUUCUUUGCAGGGAGCUUAUACCACAAUAAACAUUCUUCCUUAUUUGCUUGCAGGGCGUUUACAAAUCUCCUUGUUAAUCGUCCAUUAACCACACACUUUUCAAAGCAUUUCCCAUCACUUUCCUAA